CGGGCCUGCGGCGGCGAGGCGGCGCGGCGGCGGCGCGGCUCCUUCUCUUUUUGCCUUGCGCCCCGCCUCCAGGGUCCAGGUGCCAGGGUUAACUCAUGAAGUUUUGCCUCCUGUGUAAUCAAGAAUGGAAACUUCUGCAAACACAGCGGAAUGUGAAAAGCUCUCUUAUGGAAAGGCAAAAGCAUCAAUAGGUACAGAAACAGAAUCUUCAUUCGGUACUAAUGAAAACACAACUGCUUCUGGGGCUGGGCUUUCUGAAAAGGCUCCUCCUACCUGUGGGCAAGUGGACACUGCAAGGAAGAGAAAAAUGGAGUCUGAAGGUGAUCUUGUAAAGGAAGGUUCUAGAUGUAGGGGAGACACGCCAUCCAAGGAAAGAACACUUGCAAAGGAAAGGUUAAGUGGUGGGGAAGAGGGCUCAUUGAAGAAAAGAAAACUCGAAGCUGAAAAUGUCCUGGGGGAAAAAGGUUCUGGUGAUGAGGAAGGCAUUUCAAGGAAAAGAAGGCUGGAACCUGGUGAUUUUCCAGAAGACGAGCCUUCUGCUGGAGCUGGCACUCAGAAAAAGAGAAAGACAGAACUUGAGGACGUUCCUGAAAAGCAGAAGAACUUGGAAGAGGGGCACAGCUCCACAGUGGCUGCCCACUAUAAUGAACUUAAGGAAGUUGGUUUGCAGAUGCGUAGCCAAAGUCGAAUAUUUUACCUAAGAAACUUCAAUAAUUGGAUGAAAAGUAUCCUCAUCGGGGAAUUUUUAGAAAAGGUGCGACAGAAGAAAAAACGCGAUAUCACUGUUUUGGACCUGGGCUGUGGUAAAGGUGGAGACUUGCUCAAGUGGAGAAAGGGAAGGAUUAACAAGCUUGUUUGUGUUGGAAAAACCGAUGUUCAACCGCUAGAAUAUUCACACCGGCGUAUUCUCCAAGGAGGCAGACCUACCCAAGUAGCCGAAUCUUCACCAGGAGGAUACCUGAAGACAUACCUGAAGGACAUGAAGUCAGCGGGCUGGGACAGAAAGGAGGAUGAAUCCCCAGAAGAGUUCAGUGGGUGGGACUGGAGACCUGGCCACCUGGGAGCUGCCAACGCCGUGCUGCUUUCCCAGGGCUGA